UUUCUGUGUUAUGGGAAGUAUAUAUGUUGCCUUCUUCAAUGCAUUAACUGAGCAUUCCAAUACUGUCUCCUCUCUCUUUAACUUAAACUAUUAGUGUAUUAUUUUCCAAUUGACUCGACUCUCGGCGGAGGAGCUUAAUCGCCGGCGAAUCGGUUACACUGUUCAUUACCUUUCCCUUUUUUUUUCUCUCUUUCUCUUUCGUCAGCUUGAAGUUUUCAAAGAGGAAACAGUCUUCAGGACCUUUUUCUUUUUGCCGUUGAAGAUCUUUGACUCAAAGAAGCUGCUCCCUGUUUACUCACUCAAGCCUUUCUUCACUCCGAUUCUCCCUGAUUCAGCGUCGGAAUCGAUCGCAACAACCAAUGUCGGCGCCGGAGAACUUCGAUCGGAUCCUCUAAUUCCGGUAACAUCAAGGCAACAGAAUGUCUCAUUCAUGGGACGGACUCGGGGAGAUCGCAUCAGUAGCGCAGCUCACAGGCCUCGACGCCGUCAAGCUCAUCGGCCUCAUCGUCAAAGCCGCCAACACCGCGUGGAUGCACAAGAAGAACUGCCGCCAGUUCGCUCAGCACCUCAAGCUCAUCGGCAACUUGCUCGAGCAGCUCAAGCUCUCCGAGAUGAAGAAGUAUCCGGAGACUCGCGAGCCUCUCGAAGGCCUCGAGGAUGCUCUGAGGAGGUCUUACGUUCUGGUUAACAGCUGUCGCGACAGGAGCUAUCUCUACUUGUUGGCUAUGGGGUGGAACAUUGUGUAUCAGUUCCGGAAAGCUCAGGAUGAGAUUGAUCGGUUUCUUAAGAUCAUUCCUCUCAUCACUUUGGUUGAUAACGCUCGCGUUAGGGAGAGGUUAGAGUAUAUUGACCGUGAUCAGUUCGAGUAUACUUUUGCUGAAGAGGAUAGACAUGUGCAAGAUGUUAUUCUGAAACAAGAAUCCACCAGAGAAGCAGCUUCUGUCCUGAAGAAGACUCUCUCUUGCUCAUACCCUAACUUGCGGUUCUGUGAUGCUCUCAAAACGGAAAACGAGAAACUGCAGAUCGAGCUUCAGCGUUCGCAGGAGCAUUAUGAUGUUGCUCAGUGUGAAGUUAUUCAGCGUUUAAUUGGUGUUACUCAAACUGUCGGUGAGGUUGAUGGCGGCUCUGAGAAGGAACUGUCCAAGAAAGCUUCGAGAAAAACUGAUCAUACGGUUGAAUAUUCGUAUGAGGAGGAAGAUCAUCCCAAGAAAAGCAGUAGUCGUGCAGCUUCAAGGUCCACUUCUUCUGUUACAUCGAGUCAUGAUAUGCUUUCACGAAGAGAAUCACAGCACCAUGAAGAGUGGCAUACCGACUUACUAGCUUGUUGCUCGGAGCCUUCUCUUUGCUUGAAAACAUUCUUUUUCCCGUGUGGUACUUUGGCGAAGAUUGCCACUGCAGCAACUAACAGGCACAUGUCUUCAGCUGAAGCAUGUAAUGAGCUAAUGGCGUAUUCUUUGAUACUUUCGUGUUGCUGCUACACUUGCUGCGUUAGGAGGAAACUCCGGAAAACACUCAACAUAACGGGAGGGUACAUUGACGAUUUUCUAUCUCAUUUGAUGUGUUGUUGCUGUGCUCUUGUCCAAGAACUGCGAGAAGUUGAGAUUCGUGGGGCUUAUGGUACGGAGAAGACGAAAGUAAGUCCGCCUCCUUCGCAGUUCAUGGAACAUUGAAUUCAUAUUCAAUCAUAUACGACGUUUCUUAUCUCUCUCUCUGAAUAUGACACACGAGAUUCUUCUUUCGUACUAGAUCGUUGUUGUGUGUAAAUUAUUGGUUUGGCAUCGAAGUUUUCAGUAUUUGUGUUGUGUGUAUUGUAUCAUAGACUACAGACUAACUAACUAGCUUCUCUUGCUUGAUUCACCUUGUACACGUCUACAUAUUAUGCUUUUGGGUCAUGAUAGUAAUAUCAGCUGUGGAAAACAUGUUGCAUA